AUGCUAUUAAUUUUGAAUAUUUUUGUGUUUCUGAUUUCAUUUGCUUUUUCAUUUGAUGAUCCACUGGGGCCGAUCACAAAGGAUUUCGAGGAGUGGCUGAAUAGAAACGGUUAUGCUCAAUACGAUUUCCCGAGACAUGACUGGGGAAAAGUGGGAAGUUAUGGAGGAAAAGUGGACGCAAAUCAAAAGCUCCGUUUCACUCCGGUCAUUUUUAUGCACGGUAACUCCGAUGGAGCUUUAAGGAUACCUGGACCGUAUAGUUCCGGAUCUUCCACACAAAUUGCAUAUUUUCAAUCAAUGGGCUAUACUUCUGCUGAGCUUUAUGUGACAACUUGGGGAAACCGAAGUGUACCAGAUUCACAGUUUCAGGCCCACAAUUGUUCAACGAUCAUUCAUCUUCGGAGAUUCGUUGAAGCAGUGAUGGGAUAUACAAAAAGUCCAACCGUGAAUCUCGCUGGUCACUCAAUGGGUGUGACUCUCGCAAGAAAGGUGGCCAAAGGAGGGAAAAUGGUUGAAAAAGUGGACAUGAGCACUUGUGACAUUGGAAAACCCCUUACCGACGUUGUCGAGGUUUUCUUGGGAAUAUGCGGGGCCAACUAUGGGAUGUGCUCGUGUUUGCUGGACACUUAUACGUGCAAUAAUAUCAAUGGAUUCUUCCCAGGUGCAAGUUGUGGCAACAAUAACGCUGAUCAAUGCGGAGCUAAGCCUUUACCCGAGAAAUGCAUUCAAGACGGCUACUCCCAAUUGCUGCACGAUAUGAACACCGAUCGAGUGAGAGAAGGGAAAAAGGUCUACGCUUUGUGGACCUCUGUGGACGACAUCGUUGCACCCAACGAUCUAGUCUGGGCCCGGUACUCGUCUCAAUUCCCUACAAUGGAUCAACAAUACAUUUUCACAAAUCUAACCCAUAUGCAAGUGAAAGAGUUGACGGUUGAUCUCCAAUUUCGUCUUCUCAACCCCGGUGGCAAUAUGGAAAAGCCGUUUUCACAGCCGUUUCUAACUCUA